ACCCUUUCUCUUAGGGUUUUAGUAGCUAUGGUGUGGCGCGGGAAGAAUGUGACAAGGAUUGUUCGCACUCGCGGCUUCUCCUCGGCUCCUUUCUCGCCGCCAGCAAGAGCUGCCGUGUAUGAGCGCCAUGGAUCUCCCGAUGAAGUUCUCAAGAUUGUGGAUGUUCCAGGGCGUGCUCUCGAUCGCCGGGAGGUGUGUGUGAAGAUGCUUGCGGCGCCAAUCAAUCCAUCGGACAUCAAUAGAAUCGAAGGAGUUUACCCAAUGCGGCCUACACCACCGGCAAUUGCUGGUGGAGAAGGUGUUGGAAAAGUUGAGCUGGUUGGAUCGGACGUUGAAAAUUUACGUGUUGGUGACUGGGUGAUUCCAACGUACUCCGGUGUCGGAACUUGGAGCACUCAUGUACUCAAGGAAGAAACUUCCUGGUGUAAAGUUCCGGACGAUGUUCCGAUCGAAUACCUGGCAACCAUCUCCGUCAAUCCGUGCACGGCUUUCAGAAUGCUCGAGGACUUUUCUGCUCUAGAACCAGGGGACGUCGUGGUGCAAAAUGGAGCCACGAGCAUGGUCGGGCAGUGCGUGAUACAGAUUGCUCAUGCGAAAGGUCUACAAACAAUAAAUAUCGUUCGUGACAGACCGGGAAUCGAAGAAGCAAAAGAAAAGCUGAUGAAUCUGGGCGCCACCGAGGUCGUGUUAGACAGCCAGUUCGAUUCUCCCGGCUCCAAGGACAUCUUGGCUAAUCGCGGGACUCCAAAGCUGGGACUCAACUGCAUCGGUGGAGCAUCUGCCGGUGCCGUCUUAAAGCUCCUGGCGCCCAGCGGUACAAUGGUCACGUAUGGUGGAAUGUCAAAGAAACCAGUCAUAGUAUCGACGACAGCAUUCAUCUUCAAGGAUAUUCGGCUUCGUGGAUUUUGGCUCCAGAAAUGGAUCCAGGAACACAAGAGAGAGGAGAUGGUGGCGAUGGCGUCGAGUUUGAUCGAGCUUGUCCAAGCAGGAAGGCUUAAAUACGUCACUGAAAAGAUUGGUUUUGAGGACUUCGAGAGAGCCUUGAGAAAGGCACUGGGGAAAGAAGGGAGCGUACCAAAGCAAGUACUGGUGUUUUAAUCAAGAGAAGGUUCCGGGAGAAUAUUCCACUA